UUUAUAGAAGAGAAUCGUUAAAAGAGACGGAGUGCUUCGCUCCAUGCUUCGCGGUCUUUUGUGGCCUUUCGGCUUUGUGGUGCGGACUUACCGUGGGUUCUGGUGGGUGCUCGGGUACAGGCAGCCCAAGGAGACAGUCCUGGUUAAACCCCAGCAGGUCUCCAGUCCAGGCCGCCAGAGCCUCACAGGCCGCAAACGCCUGCACCGUGUCACCCGCGUGCUGCUCUCGGUCCUGCCCCGCUGGCUGCAGAGCGCCCUGGGCUAUCCUGUGUCGACCAGCAUUGGACGCUGCCUCUCCCCAGAAGUGAGAGUUUCUCCUACAAAGCCCUGUGGCAAAGGCAGCAAGAGAAAGCAGGAUGAGCUGGAUGAAGAUGACGAUGAUCUGGAGGAAGAGGAGCAUCCGACGUGGGUGGAGGCGCUUAACCAGGAUUGUGCUGACGAUGAAGGCCCAGAGCAAGACCCUGACUAUGAGCCCAGCACCGUAGAGACUGCCAGUGAAGAGUACUGCUCACACAACAACACAGAAGAUGACCUUGAAGUUGAAAAGGGUGUUGUCGUCAUAAAAGAUGUUAACACGGAAGUAACCCCUGCUCCAACUGAAGUCUCAAGUCCUGCUGUUUAAAUGUUUUUGUUGUACAUUGUCUGUUUUUUGUAAGUUAUUGAUUUGAAACUUAAUAAAUUUUGAAUACUUA